AGGCCGCGGCUCCCGCUGCGGGUGCCUCUGCCGUUGCUGUGGUUGCCUUAGUUGCUGCGGCGGCGGUGGCGGCUCCGGUGGAGGUGUUGGCCCCGGAGCGGAUGUUGACAUUGUGUGUUUUUACUGCUUGACGGUAAUGGCGGCGGCGGUGACGGCCGGGACCCCGUCUGCCCUCCUGUAGUCCCGCCAGGAGAACCGGCGACGGAGCAGGACGAGCUGAGCGGCCCUCCCCGAGCGCCGGCGGUUGCGACUCUUGCCUUCACCCUUCGGUCGUUCUCUCACCCCAGCCCCAGGACUCAAGCCCCCUUCGGGCCGGGGCGGGGAGGGGGGAGGGCCUGCGAGGCCUCAGCAUGGCGGAUUUCGACGAGAUCUACGAGGAGGAGGAGGACGAGGAGCGGGCCCUGGAAGAGCAGCUGCUGAAGUACUCGCCGGAUCCCGUGGUGGUUCGCGGCUCCGGUCACGUCACCGUGUUUGGACUGAGCAACAAAUUUGAAUCAGAAUUCCCUUCAUCAUUAACUGGAAAAGUAGCACCUGAAGAAUUUAAAGCCAGCAUCAACAGAGUUAACAGUUGUCUUAAGAAGAACCUUCCAGUUAAUGUCCGUUGGCUACUUUGUGGUUGCCUUUGUUGCUGCUGUACGUUAGGUUGCAGUAUGUGGCCAGUUAUUUGUCUCAGUAAAAGAACACGAAGAUCGAUUGAGAAGUUAUUAGAAUGGGAAAACAAUAGGUUGUACCACAAGUUGUGCUUGCACUGGAGACUGAGCAAAAGGAAAUGUGAAACGAAUAACAUGAUGGAAUAUGUCAUCCUCAUAGAAUUUUUACCAAAGACACCGAUUUUUCGACCAGAUUAGCAUUUGCUUUAUUUAUAGAGACUUAUCCAAGUAUGUUGUCUUUCCAAUGGUGCCUUGCUUGGUGCUCUCCUGGUGGUGACAUAGCAUUGGUUCUACAGAAUCUUGUGGUGUUUUUUUUUUUAAAAUAACCGCAUGUUCUAAGUGUGCAUUUUUGUCAGACUUUGCAACAGUUAUUUCAUACAGAUGUUAAACAAUUAAGUUAUUGUGCUUUUUCUGUUAAUGUAUUCUGAUUUUCAAAGAUUACUUUUUUGUAUUAUCAAAAAAAUAUAUUUGAACAUAGCCUAAAAGUGACCAGGCUUUUUUUUUUUAAAUUUUUAACCCAAGGUUCAUGAUUCCUUCAUUGUAAAUUCCUUUAGCAUAAACACACUUUCUGUGACUCUUUGUGUAUCAUUCCCAGUGGACGUAUUUUAUUUUAUAUUCUUUAUUUCUUAAUUAAAUCAAGGUAUCCCUUUUGAAAUAGUGAAUUUUCCAUACUAGUCUUUUUGGGACUUAAAUUCCCAUUCCCCAAAUCCAGCUCCCAGUCCUUACCCCUAUUCUGAGUAGGAAUAUCUGUGUUCAUUCAUGGAUAAAUCAUAUCAAAUAGUUCUGAAAAUAUUCUACCUUCAAUGUUGCUACAGCAGACAUUGCAUUAUUUUGUCUAGAAUAGGAGAAUUGAUUAAAGGUCUGCAUGCGUCUAAUGGUUAUUAGAGCUCAGGAUCACAGAAAACAGUAGCAUCACAACCUACAUUUAUCUUUAUUCAAGGUUAUAUCUUUAAUGAUGGCCUUACUUGGGUUACUUUUUAUUGUUUACCAAAUCUUAUAUACUAAGGUGCAGAAAUAUUCGUUUUUGUCAAGUAUUUGUCUAAGGAACACAUUUUCCAUGACAUCCUCUUUGUAGUUCUAGAUUGGAUAAUCUUUAAAAAUCUUGAAAAAUUGAAUAAUGGAGAUAAAUACAGGCCAUUACCUAAUCUCCAAAGGAUAUUCAAAAUAGGGUAUGUAAGACAAUAAUGAAAAGUUAAGAUAUGGAGAAGAUAUCAGUUUGCAUACGUGGUGGUUCUUUUAAAAUUUGUGGUCCAUUAGAGCAACUUAAUUUUCUGCACAAUUGUUUUAAGAAUUUUUUUCAUGGGGAUGUGACCUUUUCUUGAGUCAGUCCAAUUAUAUUCAUUGUAUCAUGUUUUUUCUUUUGGUUGUACAUACCUUCAUGCAUUUACAUUUUUUAAAAAAUGUUCAAUGGUAUAUAUGUAAGCUUUUGUUCUUUUUAUAAGCCUGGAAUUAUACGAAUUUUAAUGUAUGUUAAGAACCUGUUCCAUACAGCUGUGGUAUCGAGCAAUAAUGUGAAUAAUUUUGAAAAUAUAUACUCUUGAUUAAUACUUUGUAUUAAGAAUUGGUACCACUACAAAAUACCCUCUUCCUUGUAUUAAAUCUUUUAAAUACCAGUUUCAUUAAUUUAUACAUCUGUAUUUUUUACAUAUUCUGUGUAUUUCUCCACAGUACUGUAUUCUCUAAAAUGGUUGGAUGUCAUCUUAUAUUUGACAUCAGGAACUGUCUGAAUAGUUUGUCAUUUAUUUUCCUGAGAAUUGUUUACCUUUGGUGCCCAAAAUAAUAGUAACAAUUUAAAAAAGAACAAUUAACCUUUCUUCUGAAGAGCUCAAAUUGCAGAGUCCAAUCAUGUGUUUCACCUCACUUAGCUUGUAUCUAGGGUAUGGUCUGCUGCCCUUUGAAUAGUGCAAUUAAAAUGUUAUGCUAUUCAAAACAACACUGUAAUAUUCCUUAUUGGGUUUAGUAUAAAAGAACGUGUAGAGAGUAUUUUAUCUGCUUCAGGAUUAAAACCAGAGGAAAGGUAAAGGCUGUUUGUAUAGAGUUAGAUGAGGCAGUAGAAUGCUCUGUCUCUAAAUGUCGUGCUUUAUCUUGCAUGUAUAGGUGUGUCUCCUUGGCUUCCUUACUAAAAAGAGCUGAACCUGAUUAGAAAGAUCUAUAUCUUUUUUCUUCUCACCUCUAAUCUUUCUUGUAAUCAGCCCUCAAAAAGAUGUAGUGUAUUUUAAAAGUAUAUUUUUAAUAUGCUGAAGAGGAUAUGAAACUUAGUGUGGAUGGUAGUGUUGAGCAUAGUGUCCUUUUUAAGCCUUUCUAAUUCUCUUUCUAAUUAAAUGGAGAAGUGUGUCAUUUGCUUAAAGAGAUUCUCUGGGAAUGUGCACUCUUAGACUUUCAAUGUGUAUCUGGAAAAGAACCAUGAAUGCUUAAUAUGCCGGCACCACCAUGAGCCAAUUAUGCCUUGAACAGUUAGGUUUUCGUGCUUUGGUUUUCAUUAGUGUCCCCAGUGUAACUGGGUUACUUUUUUUUGCAGACUAUGAAUUUGAGUGGCCAUGUUCCUGAAAAUUGCAAAUGUCGGAGAUGCCUUUAUGUAUAGGCUAGUCUGAAGGAAAUACUUAAAAUGGUAAUUAUUCUAUAGCUCCUAUCAGUUCUGAGCUAUAUUAUUAUUUUUGUACUGGCAAAGUGGGGUAUUUGUAAAAAUUUCAGUGAGUGUGUAGAUUCUUACAUAAGCUUAGUGAAUAAUUUGCAUAUCAUUUGUGGUUUUGGAAAUAAUUCACUAUUCUUGUAUAGAAAGAAACAUUUUGUGGUGUUUAAAUGUAGAAUAGAAACCAUGUUACAAUAUGGUUUGUUACUCCAUUGAUUUGUUGGUAAAAUUAUGUCCCUGGAAACUAAACUAUGCAAAUUAUGGCUCACUUAUUAGUAAAAACCAUAGCCAGUCUGAGAUGAUAUGAUUAGCUUAUAAGACAAAUGUCAGUUUUUCACCUAAAAAUUAAUACUUUUAAGUUACUUUGUCUAUGUAGAAAAUUGUUGUAUUAAUGUGUUUGUACUUUAGAACUAGUAGUGACUGCUAUUAUUCUUUUAGGCAAAACUUUUGUUUAUUUUAUAAAAUAGUGAUAUCCUCAAAGCCAGUACAGUAGUAACCAAAGGCUUCUUUUUUUCAUUAGCUACCGACAUAACUGAAGAAUUAUAGUUCAGGAAGAACCAGAACAUGAUACUAAAGGUUUUGUGACUAGUGUCAUUUGUAGAGUGUUUCAGGUUGUUUCUUUAAGUACAACUGGUCAGUCUCAUUGUAUCUUGAUGAUUUUCAGGAGCAUAUAGGCUACCUUAAGGCAGAAUUGCAGAGUUUGUUUUUGGUGCCCCUCCAACCUUCAUUUCUGUACCCUUUUCCUCUCCUUGCAACCUUUCUCUCUCUGUCCCUGGAUAUUUAGACCUCCCAUGCUCUUUUGUUCUCGAAGUAACCUACCUCCUUUAGGCCUGCCUGCCUGCCUUUCUUUUCCUUGAAGUACACAAAUGAUCUCUUCUUCCUUCCUGUUUUCUUAAAGCAAAACUCACAAUUUCCUGCUUCUUAACUGAGUAUUAGUCUGGUUAUGGGCGGGGGGGAGGUAGAAAAGAAUCACUGAUAGGUUCAGCCUUCUCUGGGGAUAUUUGCAUUUUUAAAAGAGGAGCUUAUUAGCUCAAAUGACUUGCUUAUUUAUUUGUAUUCAUAAUGAGAGGAUAUCACUCAAGUCUCAUCUCAGUUGCCACCAACUGUAGCUCCAAGAUUAGCUUUCUAAGCCCUCAUGCCUAGCACCCUGUUCAAAGCAUGUACUUGGUCUUUAUUUUGUACAUAAAUAGAACCAAGCGUUCUCUUCCUUUCUAAGAUUAGUGCCACCCUCUGACCCCAAAGCUGUUCUGCAACCUUUUAAUUAUUUCAUAUUCCCCUUAGAAGCUGUUUACUUGAACAAUACAUUUGUUCUCUCAAAGAAAACAUCAAAAAAAUCCUUCCAUGGGGAACAAAAGAAAAGAAAAUAGGGCAAAAUGGAACUGUGGUACUCCGAUCCUUUUGCCCUGUUUUAUGGUAAGAGGCAUAGUUGCUGUCUCAGGAGACUUUAGGAGGAGGGGCUUAAUCUAGGACAGGUCCUAGCUAAAGUACUAGAAUAGAUAAUUUAUCUCCCCACCCUACAUUAGAACCACUUCCUUUUAUGUACUUUUCUCCCAUCUUCUAGCACCCUAGUAUUUUGUUAAAGGUUUUAAUAAGGCUAUUCUAUUAGAAUAUUUUGAGUCUAGAUACAUUUAUAAAGAUGAAUUGAGAUUACCAGUUCUUUAUCAUAGUUUCUGUUUCCCAACUUUCCAUAUACUUAAUGCCUAUGAAGUUCCAUAUUUUUCAGCCAUGUAUCCUGCAAUGUAAUGUAGGGUGGUUCAACCAUAUCUCCUGAAGUAUUAAGAGUUACUAUUAUAUUCUUUUUCUAGAACAUAUAAAAGUUGUUAUAUGGUUUGGUGUAGAAAGUUAUGAGUCAGAAGUUUCAAAAUUUUUGUUAUCAUAAAGGAGUAGAUUUUUACAGAAUAGAAAAUACCACAGAAGUUAAGCUAACCAAAUGUUGGAAUUCAGGAGUUGACAUGUGCUUCUUCUGCUAACUUUCUGUGACACCAGAUUACUUGAUCUCAGCUAGUUUCUUCAUCUACAAAACAAAGAUGUGACUACUACCUCAUAGUGUUAUAUGAAUCAGUAUUUUAUAGUUGUUUGUUAAACUUCUGUAUGAAAGUAAUUGAUGUCUAAGAGUAAUGUUUGAGUAGUAGUAGUUGGUAUUUUAUCUUUGCCAUGUCAACAUAAGCCUCAAUGGAUUGGCCAGUAGUUAAAGGUUUUAAGUUUACAUCUGCAUUUUCAGAAUUGGGUGUACUUUUGCUGCAUGUGGCUGGAAUACUGUUUUGUUUAUUACUUAUGUAUAGUAUUUGAAGAAAAGUCCUUUAUGUACACAGAUGUAGUUGACCUGCAUAAGCAUAGGUGAAUAGAGAAUUGGACUUAGAAGUGUGUAAGCUAGUCAUUUAAGCUCUGGGCCUCAGUUUCUUCAUCAAUACUGUGAAAGGAUUGGGCCUUCUGAUCUCUCUAAGGUCUUAACAUUCUUUAACUUCUGAUACAAGAUUCCUUUGUGUCAUGUUACAUUUACUUAAAAAUAAAAUGCUUUGAAAUUUA